AUGAGCGCAGUGAAGUCCGUCAACGGCUCCUUCGCCGUCAGAGGCGGUGGUCACACGGCCAUUCCGGGGGCGAAUAGCAUCGACGGAGAUGUGCUCAUCGCCUUCUCCAACAUGACACGACUAGAACUCUCCGCUGAACGCACCCACGUUCACCUCGGUCCAGGGCUGCGUUGGGGAGAGGUUUACAACGCCCUUGAGCCAUACGAUCUUACCGUCGCCGGCGGCCGCGUAGCACCCGUUGGCGUUCCGGGGCAGUUGUUGGCUGGCGGAAUAGGCUUUUACAGCAACAAGUAUGGCUUCUCAGCCAACACGGUCAGCAGCUAUGAGGUCGUCCUCGCCGAUGGGAGAAUCGUGAACGCGACUGCUUCCAAUGAGUACAAUGACCUCUUCUGGGCGGUGAAAGGAUGCGGCCCGAACUUUGGACUCGUCACAUCGUUCGAACUCCAGACCAUACCCAGCCCAAGAGUAUUUGCCGGCGUUCUGCAAUUCGAGUCUUCCCAAUUUGAAGCCUUCUUUGAGGCUGUCGCUGCCUAUUCCGCGGACAUCUUCGACGCAAAGUCACACAUCAUCCCCACAGUAGGAUUUGCCAGAGACAAUGCUACAGACGAGAUCUCGGCCUACGCUUACGUCGUGUUAUUGUACGACGAUCCGUAUGAGACGGAGCCUGGGAUCUUCCGCCGGUUUCUCGACAUACCCAACGUCGGCAACACGCUGAGUCACCUGACUGUCGCAAAUCUCGCUUUUGAGACUGGAAAGUCCGUCAUGGAUGGCCAGGGUGAUAUUUUCACCGGAGGAACGAUCGCUUCAACGGACUUUGAAGGACUGCUUGCCGGCAUUCACCUCAUCAGCGAGAUCUUCGAAGAGGCGGUAAGAUCGGUCCAGGCACAAGUUCCUGCCGGUACCUUCGCAUCCACGGAGGUGUACUUCCAGCCCCUCGGCCGAGACUUCAUCGUCACCUCGCAGAACGACAGUGAAGGUGGAGGGCCCCUGUCGCUGGACGGAUCCCAGGGCACCUACAUCGUCUACGCCAUUGCGUUGACCUGGGUCGACUCUCAGUACGACGACGUUAUCUCUGCUUGGAUUGAGAAGACAGUCCAAACAAUCGACAGCGCCACGGCUGAGGCGGGCCUUUACCAUCCUUUGAGACACAUGGGAGAUUCCGCGGCCUUCCAAGCUGCUGAAUUCUUCGAUGGCUAUCCUCAGGGCGUUGCGGAACGGCUGAAUAAUGUCGCACUGAAGUAUGAUCCCGAUGGGUUCUUUCAGAAGAAUAUGCCGGGUGGUUUCAAGUUGUCCGCCUCGAAGGUAUCCAGCAAUAACGGUGUGGGAGGUGUUGACGGAACUGGUUCCUAUGAUGCCGUAUCCUUAAACAAGGGGACGGCAGGGUCUCGGGACUUCAUGGAUAUGAUGUUCCUCUGCAAAGAUGAAAACGGGAAUGCCUGUGUGUUGGUUAAUCUGGUCGUGAGGGAACAGCCUUGA